UCGUGUGUGUCUGCGCAUGAAGCGUGUUAGUGUUGUGGUGUCUGAGCUGAGUCUCUGAGCUGUUGGAGUAACAAUGCUUUCAGUUCAGUAUCUGAGAGAGUUUAUCAACGAGCGGCUAACUGCUGCUGCUGAAGAAAUAUUCACAGAGUUUGAAAAAACCAUCGUCCAGUACGAGGAAGAGAUCGAGCUUCAGCGCAGACUGCUGGAUAUCACCUGGAAACCCGAAAUAAAGCUGCACAGGACAGAACUUAGACAGAGUCUUUGCAGUAAGGAGGAGGAGGCUCUCCCUGAGCAGAAGCUCUGGAAACAGGAGAGGAGCUCCAGUCUGGACCAGGAGGAACCAGAACCUCCACAGAUUAAAGAGGAAGAGGAGGAACUCUGCAGCAGUCUGGAGGGAGAGCAGCUGGUACUGAAGGAGGAGACUGACACCUUUAUGGUGUAUGCUGCUCCUUAUGUGGAAAGAGGCCCCAAUGAGCAGCUCCUCAGUGAGAACUCUCCUGAAAGUAGGAGUAGAGAUCAGGGAGGGAGCGAGGAUGGAGACUCAGACCUCCCACAGCAUCAUGAUGUUGAGGAGGAGGAGGAGGAGGAGGAUCUCCCUGAGCAGCAGCUCUGGAACCAGGAGAGGAUCUCCAGUCUGGACCAGGAGGAACCAGAACCUCCACAGAUUAAAGAGGAAGAGGAGAAACUCUGCAGCAGUCUGGAGGGAGAGCAGCUUGCACUGAAGGAGGAGACUGAUACCUUUAUGUUGACUGCUGCUUAUAAGGAAAGAGACCACAGUGAACCAGAAUCAGACAGGGAGCAGCUCCUUUCUUAUAGCUUUGCUGACACCAACGGCAGAGAUCAGCGAGCAAACAAGUAUGAAGACUCGGCAUCAACUGGAACUGCAGAGCAAAAGCCAAAGAAGAGAAAUCAGAAAGAACUCCCACAGCAGCAUGUCUGUAAGGAGGAGGAGGAGGUUCUCCCUGAGCAGCAGCUCUGGAACCAGGAGGUCCAGUCAAGUCGGGACCAGGAGGAACCAGAACCUCCACAGAAUAAAGAGGAACAAGAGGAACUCUGCAGCAGUCAGGAGGGAGAGCAGCAUGCACUGAAGGAGAAGACUGAUACCUUUAUGGUGUUUGCUGCGGAUGAAAGAGGCCACAGUGAACCAGAAUCAGACAGGGAACAGCUCCCCUCUCACAGCUCUCCUGAAACUGAGAGCACACUUGAAAAAUCCAGCAAUAAUGAAGAUUCAGAGUUAACUGAAAAUGUGGAGUCAAUACCAAAGAAGAGACGGAGAACUCACACUGAUGUAGACAGCUCACCUGCUUCAGAAAGCCAGAGUAAUGCUGGCACAGGUAGAAAGUCUGACGUUAUCAAGAAUCAGUUCCGAACAAAAAACACCACACUGCUACGACUUUACGUGCUUGCACAACAUGUGGGAAAGAAUUUAGCAGUGGUUAUUUGUCUGUCCACAUGA